UGCAGCGUCAAAACGGGACGGACAAAGCGAAAAGUUUACGACGAGUGGUGUUUCGUGUUCUCCAUUUGCCUUUCAUUUUGAUAAAAGCGCACUUUUCUCGGUAGCGUUUGAUUCGUUGUUUUCCAAUCAAUAAUUGGAAAGCAUCGCACUACUUGUGAAUAGUUGAAUUGUUCUGGUGGAAUACGAGUGUUGGAAAGUUAGCAGUACAAUGGCCGAUGAUCAGGAACAACCGGGACCUUCAAACCAGCAGGAAAAACAACAACAACCCGAUGGUCAGGCUGAAGGGCAAGAGCCAAAGCCCCAGGGAAGAAAGAGAAAGCUUUCGAUGAAGCGACAAAAUGCAAAUAAGCGCAAUGGACCCACCGAGGAGGAAAUAGAUGCUGAGAAGAUCAAGUUCCUGCUUGAUCCGGUCCUGAACGCGCUGCGCGGUCUUCAGACGGGUAACGAAGCUGAAACGAUGAAGACGCUUAUUUCCACUCUCCAACCGACCCAGACGGAGAUUGAAAUGGCCUUGAAUAAGGUCAAGAUGGAUCUGGAUCGCGUACUUGGGUUUCCAAACAAUAACUACCAGAUCUAUGAUUUUGGAUCCAUCAAGUCUGGAUUGGCGUUCCGUGAUUCGGAUUUGGAUUUCUAUAUUCACUAUGCGAAGAAUAGUGAGAACAAACAGGAGCAGACCAAGCUCAUUCAUGUCAUCCACGGUCGUAUGAUGCGGGAUAGGACUUUCCACGGGCUGGUGAAGAUUCUGGGCGCAAAGGUACCUCUGCUGAGGGCUAUCCAUGGUCCAACCAACCUGACGUGCGAUAUUAACUUCUCCAAUGCCCGGGGAUGCUACAAUAGCAAGUUCAUUUAUGCGGUUACAAGAUUCGACCCCCGAAUCCACAAGCUGGCUAUCAUCAUCAAGUUCUGGGCAAAAUGUGCUCAUCUAUUGACAAACCAUCGCCAGAUGAACACCUACUGCAUCAUAAUGAUGUUGAUUUUCUACUUGCAAACCAAGAAGCUUCCGUUGCUGCCGGCCGUUCAGGAUCUCCAGAAAGGAAUCCCUCGCGUAAACUUUGGUCCGUGGAAUCUAGGCUACCCACGGGACAUCAACUUUAUGUCGCUGAACAAGGAAUCCAUUCGCUCGUUGUUAACGAACUUCUUCAAGUAUUACGCCAACUUUGAAUUUGAGAAGAAUCUCAUCUCACCCUACGUUGGCCGUUUGUGCAAUUUAGAAGAGAUGAAGAUGUGCAAGGUACGGGAGCUGCAGCCGUACUACCGCGCGGUCGAGCACCAGAACUAUCCUGAAUUCAAUAUUGGCGCGAUGAUGUGCAUCCAGGAUGCGUUCGAGUUGAAUCUGAACAUCGGAGGAGUCUGCAACUCGGCGGCCCACUUUGAACAGUUUAAGCUGAGUUUCAAGGCGGCUUAUGAGGUUUGCUGUGCUACCAAUGCGGAACCGUUCUCCAAGGUGCUGGAGAGUUUGUUUACCAAAACCAAAAAGUACCAGAAGUUGUCUAAGACUCCACCUCAAGCUGCUGUUUCCAAGAACGGAACCGUCCCGAAAACGGUCGAUGUUGCCGCCCAUUGGAGAAUCUGCCGGUUGCUACCGGUCGAGUACGAGUUAUUCAUUGUACGACAGAUUCUUCUGGCCAGGAAAACCGACAAAGAUGCCAUCAUUACCGAGCGUCAGAUCAAGGACAUGUGGGCUGACUGUAUGUUGGAUUUUAUCGAGGACAUUCUACAGAAGAUAUACCUCUGCAAGGUGACUCCGUUGAAGGAUGCCGAACGCGCAACAAGCGUUCCGAACAACAUCAAAAAGGAAGACGUACGAGCGUUUGAGCUGACCUGCGAGCGUCAAGUCAUCUUCAAGCGUGCGCGGUUGCAGAUUUCCAACGAAGAAGAGCUCAACAACGAGAUCGCCAUCAGCAAGUCCCGUUGGGAGCUAAACAAACCGCUCGUGUUCUCCACCCGGGUGGACAUGUUCAAGGCGAAUGAUGCCAUCGAGUUCCACAUUCCGGAGGAGCAGCGCAAGAAUGGAUCGAUUCGGGUAUUCGUGGAGGCUUGCUUCCUGACGCAGAUCCGCAAGUGCAUCAAGGGAUACUUCAAGGUGAUGCUGGCCAAGGCGGAGGACAAGGCUAAGGUAGCAGCUACAGAACCAGCAGCCAUGGAAACAGAUGAUAAAGCACAAACGGCCCAGUAGAGGAUGCAGUAGGUCAGCUUCAGGAUGUAUGAAUGGGGUUAAACAGAUUUAAUUCUUAAAACCAGGACUUUUUUUUUAUUUUUAUUAUCGUUACUAUGACGAUUGUGUUCGUUCAGGUUUAAAUAUUUCUUAAUUUAAACAAUAUCUUUCCUCAUCCGAUCACACUUUUUUUUUAAUUUCUUUCAUGAAUUA